UUGAGGGCAAUCCUGUUUGAUAUAUUGUUUAUUAUUAGGUGGCAUCUUUGUUUGUUCGAAAUGUUGCUAGUAUCUAUGUUUAUUAAAGAGGGGAAAAAACUUACGGUUUCUUGUAUAUUAAAGUCAAUAAUUUAUGUAAAGCUAAAUUAAAUACAUUGGAAUUGUCCAUUUUUUAAAUAAGUAACUUGUUACAAAGCAACCAUUUCUAAAGUCUGUUUUGUCACGUAAUUGUUAAAGUCAACUUGUCCUCGUUUUAUAUUGCCUACAAGAGAUCGACCGAAGAAUAAACUGAGCCUUUGCCAAAAUUAUACUGUUGUUUAUUCUUGCCGACCUUUUAUUAAAACGAGUGACAACUUUAUUCUUCGUCAGCCUUAUGAAACAAUUAAUUUGCCAUUUGCCUUAUGUCGGAUCCUGCCCCAUUUAGAAGAAGUAAUAGAGAUACCAAAGGAGUGCCGCCAGCCCGUUAUAUAAUGGAAUCGCAGAAUGAAGCCAACAAUUUGCAUACUCCAAGGAGUGCAGCCGCACCAAAUAUUCAAACGGGUACACCUAGACAACCAGAUGCUUUAAGACAGCCACAUGAAGUCUUACAAAAUGAAGUAAACAAUUCGCAGACACCAAAAAAUACUACUCCAUCUAACGUCCAAACAGGUUCGUGUAAGAAACCACCAGAUGCUUCAAAGCAAAUCGCUGAAAUACAGAGAGAGUUUCAGCGCCAAAUGACGUCUCUUCAAAGUCUAAUUAUCGCCAACAAUAAUCAGACGAAAGCUACAGUUGGAGAAUUAAGACAAGAAAUUCAAACCAUUGCCAAAGCAAUACCACCGACAACAACACCAGUAUCUGAUAAUACUCCUCGAAAUAAUGGUCAAGAAACGGGUGAGUCCUAUUCUAAUUUAUCUUUUCAUAGUCAAAACUGCCAACCUACCAAAUCAAAGAAAAUAUAUCCCCUUCCUAAAUUUGAAGGCCAGCCUGAAGACUGGCAAAUGUUUUACGAAGAUUUUAUUGCCACUACUCAAGAAUUUGAAUAUACUGAUCUUCAGAACAUCAUUAGAAUUCGUGAAGCUCUUACGGGACCCGCACGAGAAACCGUGGAAUGCCUUCUUUCCAGUUCAAAAAACGUGAGUGCCAUAAUUGAAACAUUAAAAGAAACAUUUGGACGUCCUGAAAUGCUAAUAAAAAGCCAGAUUCAAAAAGUGAGGUUAUAUCCGAACGUUCCCGAUGGUAAAUUGGACCAACUUAUAGGUUUUGCCAAUAAAGUUAACAACAUGGCCACAUUUCUGAAGUCAGUAGAAGGAGAACACCAUUUAUAUAAUCCAUCGCUGUUGAGCGAAUUAGUUUCAAAAUUGUCAACAACUAAACAAAUGCAAUGGGCAGAAAAAUGUUUAAGUUUAAAUAAGACAGCCAAUAUUAUUGAUUUUAGUAACUGGCUGAACUGUAUGAGAAAACUUGCUAACAUGGUAUCUGAUUCGCUUCCAACUUCAUUGCAAGAUAGCUCCAACCGCAAAUCAUAUAAUCAACAACCUGCAUCACAAAAAACAAACAAAUAUGCAAUGCUUUGCAUGGCCCACAAACCGUGUUUUAUUUGUGAUGGUGAAUGUGCGGACAUAUGUAAUUGUGAAAAGUUUUUGAGCAUGGAAGUAGAUGAUCGCUGGAAAAUUGUAAAAGAAUUACACUUGUGUUUUUGUUGCUUAAAACCGAAUCAUCAAUUAAAAUCCUGUUACGCCAAACAUGUGUGUGGUAUAAAUAAUUGUCCUCAAAAACAUCAUAAUCUCCUACAUAAUAUUAGCCGAGAAAUGCCCACAAGUUCAUCAACUAUUUCAUCCGCCGUUAAUUGUCAUGUAGACUGCCAACUUGAUAAUGUUUUGUUCCAGAUAAUCCCAAUAAAGCUUUACAAUAAUGGAAAAGAAGUGUCUAUUUACGCCUUUAUAGAUGAUGGGGCUAAUGCAACAAUUCUAGAUUGGGAUAUUGCUCGUCAGCUAGACCUACACGGCACAACAGAUACGCUAAAGCUGCAAUGGUUAAAUGGUCGCUCGUCUAGUGAAUCCACAGAAAUUGUUGAUGUUUAUGUAAGCGCUAUUGACGAUAAUAAAAAUAAAUAUGAAAUGAAAAGAAUUUACUUGUCAAAAAAUCUAGAAUUGCCAACCCAAUCGAUUGUUAAAAAUCAGCUGACUGUUAAUUAUCCCCAUUUGACAAAUAUACCAAUUAACGAAUACAUUUCAAUAAGACCAAAAAUGAUAAUAAGUAUUGCUCACGCAUUUUUAACAGUUCCCAAUGAAGUUAUAGAAAAUCCAUCGUAUUUUGGUCCGAUUGUUAUAAAAUGUAAAUUGGGAUUAAUUAUUUAUGGUCCCGUGAAAAAUUGUGAUUCAAAGGCCAAGCAAGUAUUUUGUACAAAUGCAGUAAAAAAUAAAACGGCCGAUGAAGAAAUAAAAGAUAUGAUGUAUAAUUACUUUGAGGUUGAAUCUUGUGGUGUGAAAAGUAAUAUUAAAACAAUUUUGUCAAGUGAACAUGAAAGAGCAUUAGAUAUAAUGAACACAACAACAAAGUUCAUUGGUGAUCGUUAUGAAUGUGGCUUAUUGUGGAAAACUAACGAUAUCUCGUUUCCACCAACUUAUGAAAUGGCACGAAAAAGAUUAGAAUUAACAGAAAACAAAUUUAAAAGGGAUGAUGUAUAUGCUAAGAAAUACUGUGACAAAAUUGAAGAUCUGUUUAAAAAGGGAUAUGCCAGACGGUUAAGCCAAUCAGAGCAAGCAAUUACACCAAAAACCUUUUAUUUGCCUCAUUUUGCCGUUAAAAACCCAAACAAAGAUGAUAUUCGCGUCGUUUUUGAUGCUGCAUCCAAAGUCCAUGGAAUUUCUUUAAAUGAUGCACUUCUUUCUGGCCCUGAUUUAAACAAUUCACUUAUUUCAGUAUUGUUUAAAUUUAGAGAAGCACCGGUAGCGGUUUGCGGAGAUAUUCGUGAAAUGUUUUUGCAAGUAGCCAUAAAGAAUGAUGACAUAAAUUCUCAAAGAUUCUUGUGGAGAGGUUUAGAUUGUAAUGAUUCCAUACAACAUUGUGUUAUGACAAGAAUGAUAUUUGGCGCCGCUUGCUCUCCUACUAUAGCUCAAUUUAUUAAAAACAAAAAUGCCCAGACAUUUUCGGAAGUAAGCCCAAGAGCCGAGGAUGCUAUAAUUUAUCGUCAUUAUGUAGAUGAUUACGUGGAUUGUUUCCAGUCAGAUUCGGAAGCAAUCAAGGUUGUAACAGAGGUGAGAAAGAUUCAUAAAAAAGCUGGUUUUGAUUUAUGCAAAAUAGUUUCAAAUUCCCAGAAUGUUAUUGACGCAUUUCAUGGCUCUAAUGUACGUUCAGUAGAUGUGUCAACGGAUGGAGUCGAAAGAAUAUUAGGUUUGCAUUGGAAUCCAAUUACUGAUGAAUUUGUUUUUAUUUUAAAAUUUCAUCGAAUAACUGAAGAUAUUAUUGAAUUACGUCGCAAACCAACGAAAAGAGAAAUGUUAAGUGUAAUUAUGUCUAUUUUUGAUCCGUAUGGUUUUUUGGCAAAUAUUACAGUAGCGGGAAAAAUUCUGAUGCAAACACUAUGGAAAUACGAUUUAAACUGGGACGAUGAAAUACCGGAUUGUUUGAAUGGUAGGUGGGUUGCUUGGCUGUGUGAAAUAAAGAAGGUAAAGGACUAUAAAAUAUCUCGUUGCCAUUUUUAUAAUUUUUGUAAUACUGUUAAUGAGUUACAUUUGUUUAGUGAUGCUAGCGAACAGGCCAUGGCGGUUGUCGGUUACUGGCGAAUAAAAACAAAUACUGGUUAUAAAAUUUCAUUUGUUUGUGGUAAAACUAAUUGUGCACCGACAAGAUAUCACUCAAUACCAAAACUGGAGCUUCAAGCCGCUGUUAUAGCUGUUCGACUUCAAAACCAAAUAAUUAAUCAUUAUUGUGUUAAACCUGAUCGUGUGCAGUUCUGGACAGAUUCUCAUACAGUAAUGAGAUGGAUAAAAUCUGAUUCACGAAAAUAUAAACAGUACGUAGCGAAUCGAGUUGGUGAAAUUUUAGAAGCUACGACAGUGGAUAAUUGGCGGUGGUUACCGGGAACUGAAAAUCCUGCCGAUGAUGCAACGCGGUCAAAACCAAAAUUUGAAUUUGAUAGUCGGUGGAAAAAUGGACCAGAAUUUUUGUAUCUUCCAGAAAAUUUGUGGCCUUCAAUGAAUGAUACUUCUUACCAUUUAGAACCUGAGUUAGAACUUCGAAAUAAAUAUGUCUUAACAUCUGUGGUAUGUUCACCUUUAUUUGAUUUUAAUCGAUAUUCUAAUUUUCGUAGAUUGAAAAGAGCCAUGGCUUGGAUAAUGAGAUUUAUUAAUAAUUCAAAAAUAUCUGAAAAUAACGGUAGAAUCAAAGGCGAAUUAUCAGUUGAAGAAGAAGAUCACGCUGAAAAGAUUUUGUGUCGUAUGGUACAGCAAUCAACAUUUCGUUCUGAAUAUAAAUGCCUCCAAAUGAACAAACCUAUUGAGGCUCGAAGUGAUUUAAAAACGUUGUGCCCAUAUUUGGAUGAUUUUGGGUUGCUUCGUGUGUAUGGACGUAUCGAUAAUGCACCAUUUGUUGCCAUGGGUACAAAAAGACCGUGUAUAUUGCCAAGAAAACACCGGUUCACAGAAUUGUUGGUUUCGUGGUAUCAUCAUAGAUUCAACCAUAUUAAUGUCAACACGGUAAUAUGCGAAAUAAGGCAUAAAUUUUGGAUUCCAUCAAUCAGAAGUGUAAUAAAUAAAGUUCAAACAAAAUGCUGUAUAUGUAAAAUUCGUAAAUCAAAGCCUAGUCAACCAAUAAUGGGGCCAUUACCAAUUGACCGUGUCACACCGUUCUUGAGGCCCUUUUCAUAUACGGGUCUUGACUAUUUUGGGCCGGUUGAGGUUACUAUAAGACGUCAAAGAGAAAAAAGAUGGAUUGCGCUAUUCACUUGCCUUACGGUCAGAGCAGUGCAUCUGGAAAUCGCUACAAAUCUCUCUAGUGAUGCUUGUUUAAUGUGUAUACGAAAUUUCGCUAAUCGCAGAGGAGUGCCAAUACAAAUAAGGAGUGAUAAUGGAACAAAUUUUGUAGGCCUCCAGAAAGAAUUACAUGGUGAGAGGAAUUUUUGGGAUAAUGAAGUCAUUACUGCUGGCCUUGCUCCUCUUGGCAUAAAAUGGAAAUUUAAUACACCAUCUGACCCAUCUGCUGGUGGAGCAUGGGAGAGAUUGGUUCAAUCAGUAAAAAGAGCUUUAUACGCAAUGUUAAAAGAACAUGCCCCACGCUUAGAAACUCUAUACAGUCUGUUGGUAGAGACCGAAAAUAUGGUGAAUUCAAGGCCACUUACUCAUAUUCCGAUAACACCUAACGAGCCCGAGCCAUUAACACCAAAUCAUUUUAUACUUGGAUGUACCAGUUCAACCCAAACUCCCGCAGAAUAUGAACAUCGUAUUUGCGCAUCAAGAAAACAGUGGCGUAUACUGCAAAAUCUAAAGAAUGGAGUAUGGAAGCGUUGGAUAAAAGAGUAUCUCCCAGAACUUACACGCCGUUCUAAAUGGUUUGCCCCAUCCAGUCCAUUAUGUUCUGGAAGCCUUGUGUUAAUUUGCGAUGUGAAUGAACCCCGCUCAAAGUGGAAGAGAGGAAGAGUUUUAAGAUUAAUAUUUGGUAAAGAUGGAGUUGCCCGUUCCGCAGAUAUACGUACAUCAACAGGAGUUUUAAGUAGACCGAUCAACAAGUUAGCUGUACUAGAUGUAGCGGAUGGAUGUAGUGAAUCUCAGCCCAUGAAGUCGAUUCACGGGGGCGGGGAUGUCGUUGAGGGCAAUCCUGUUUGAUAUAUUGUUUAUUAUUAGGUGGCAUCUUUGUUUGUUCGAAAUGUUGCUAGUAUCUAUGUUUAUUAAAGAGGGGAAAAAACUUACGGUUUCUUGUAUAUUAAAGUCAAUAAUUUAUGUAAAGCUAAGUUAAAUACAUUGGAAUUGUCCAUUUUUUAAAUAAGUAACUUGUUACAAAGCAACCAUUUCUAAAGUCUGUUUUGUCACGUAAUUGUUAAAGUCAACUUGUCCUCGUUUUAUAUUGCCUACAAGAGAUCGACCGAGUAAGUUUUGUUUAAUCUUAAGAUACUUUAUAAAUAAUAAUUACUUAAUUUUAGAGAAUAAACUGAGCCUUUGCCAAAA